AUGGCAUCUAACAAGCUGGGUGUAGUGUCGAUAUGUAUUGUCAUCAUUGCUGUGACAUUCUCUAUGGCCCUCAAUGGAUCGGGAGAUAGAUCCACAAUUUCAAGCAGAGACAAUGUAACUAAACCCAACGUGUCAGCCACAGUCCCUGUAACCAGAUCCACCAUGGCAGUCACAGACCCUGUAACCAGAUCCACCAUGGCAGUCACAGAACCUGUAACCAGAUCCACCAUGGCAGUCACAGAACCUGUAACCAGAUCCGUCAUGGCAGCCACCGCGUCUCUCACAGAUGCUCCAGACAGAACAUCCACCGUGUCUCCCACAGAUGCUCCAGACAGAACAUCCACCGUAUCUCUCACAGAUGCUCCAGACAGAACAUCCACCGUGUCUCCCACAGAUGCUCCAGACAGAACAUCCACCGUAUCUCUCACAGAUGCUCCAGACAGAACAUCCACUGUGUCUCCCACAGAUGCUGCAAACAGAACAUCCACCGUGUCUCCCACAGAUACUCCAGACAGAACAUCCACCGUGUCUCCCACAGAUGCUCCAGACAGAACAUCCACCGUGUCUCCCACAGAUUUUCGAGACAGAACAUCCACCGUGUUCCCCACAGAUGUUCCAGACGGAACAUCCACCGUGUCUCCCACAGAAGGUAAUCCUACAGCCUUGCUUGUCAGUAAUCCCGUACCAUUCACUACAGAUUAUGUAAGGAGAACGUUUCUCCCUGAAACAACCCCCAAAGAAUGGUGGGUCAACACACCUUCAACAACUCCACUCUAUCAGACCACGGUUGGUGGAAACUCAUUGGACAGAUUCUUGGGUAUACACGACCACCACGGCAACCCUUGUCCCUUUGGCCAAGUCUACUACUACGGGAGUUGUCACGUGACAUGGCAAAACACAACGCCACGACCAUUUACUUCAACACAGGAAUACAUGUCAGCACCUCAUACUGCCGGAACAAGCAUCCAACCACGUUUUACAACAAAACCCCACGUGGAACCACCUCCUACCACAAGAACAUACGUGCAACCACUUACGACAGGUGUUGUGGACGAGGACUUAUCACACGAGCCUUCAGCAGUCACAGCAUCAACCAACACAUCUCCUGACCACGUCCUUAAAACAGCUGAUACACAAUCAACAACUUCACGGUUGCAGUGUAAUCAUAUCACCCUAAACAACUCAACAUUCAACAUAUAUCCCAAUGGAUCUGUAGUUCUGAAAAGUGGUAGGGUCAUAAAUGAAAACGAUUUUAUUCUCACACCAAAAGGACAACUCAAAGUAUGCGUGACAGCUCUUGGUUCACAAGGUUCAAACACAAAGUUCAAAAUUGAUCUUAACCGCCCAACUGUGGUGUUGACGAACAUCUGUCUGGUGUCUAGCCAAGUGUUCCUGCUUCUGACUUUCAUCUUUCACUGUUUCUUCUCUAGUCUGAGGAAUCUUCCUGGAGUGAUUCUUAUGUUCUUGUCGGCAUCUUUGUUCUUGGCACAUGCCACCUUCUUCUUUGGGAGUGCCCAGGCGUACAAUCGGACUGCUUGUAUAGCGAUCGGAGUAGUCAUCCACUUCUUCUGGCUUGCAUCCUUUUGUUGGCUCAACAUCUCUUCUUUCCACACCUUCAGAGUCUUUAAGGACGUAUUUGCAUCUCGGAGUUUUGAAUCCAACAAAAUGACAAUCAUCCUCAAAUACUGCAUCUUUGGCUAUGGCACUCCUGCUGUUGUUAUUGCUGCAACGAUAACAGCAAACUAUUUCGUCUCUGGGUCUGAAUCCUUUGGUUAUGCUGAUACCUCAAAUUUCUGCUUCGUCUCAAAUGGAACCAACAGUAUCGUUGGCUUGCUGGUCCCAGCAGGAGUUACCAUCCUGGUCAGUUUUACUCUCUUCAUCUUGACCGUCGUUUAUCUGUGUAGGGCCUCAGCCAACAGACGACAGGUCGGCAAUGGUGACAAAUGGAACAUUUUAAUGUACAUCAAACUAUCUAGUAUCACUGGUUUCUCCUGGGUCUUCGGUUUUCUACAAAUGGUUGACAGAAGCAGUCAGGUUUUCACAUACCUGUUUAUUUGUCUGACUGGGGCUCAGGGCGUGUUCAUCUUUCUGGCUUUCAUGGCAAACAAACGCACUUUCCUUCUCGUUAAACAUGUUUGUCGAAAACAAAGCAAGGGUGGCAAAUAUUCCACAACUUCAUCUGACACAAAGCCUGUCCCAUCUGAUGUGGAGGACGCAAAUAAGGUAUAGAGACUAACUACUAGUUAUGUGUCGUCUAACCCAAAACAAGAAUAAAUUAUAUCCAUGAGAUUUACAUAGAAACAAUGUGAAGUGAUAGGCAUAUGGCCCUAUCUAUCAGUAAAUUAUUGAAAAGGACGCCAGCCUAGUAUGAAAAAGGAAAUGUUUUUUGUUUGUUUUUUUAAAAUUAUUUUCAUUGUUCUCAUCAGUACAAGUUUCGAGUAUCUGUAUAGUUAUAUGCGAAUAUACAUUGCUGAUACAGAAAAAUAUCUGUAUAUUGCACAUCAAAUUUCAGCGGUUGACAAUGGUUUAUUCUGGAUCAGAUAAUGGGAAUAGAGG